UGAUCUUGAACGAAAUUACAUUCAGACCCGACGUCCUGUCGAGUAUAAGGCAUCGAAAAAACCUAACUUAUUGCACGUCGCUCGUGAUCCUUGCGACGUAUAUUGCCGUCGUUGACGUUUAAUUAGUCACCUUGCGUAAUUUUACAGUGCCGAAGUUAUAAAACUUGACCGAUUGUUCGGUGAAAAACGAUCGCGGUAGAGUUUUGAAAACAGAGUCUUCAUCGAACCACGGACUUGUCCGCUGUGUUACUCGAAGAAGUUGACCGAAGGAACACGAAGAAAAUGCGCAAUCCCAGCACGGAACAGAUUCUCAAAGACGAAGAGUGUUUCGAAAUAAUUCGGAAGAAGCUCCACAAGGACUCGAUGGAGGACUUCUCUUUGAUCACCUACGAGGUUGUGCCUAUAAACGAGGUAAACGGUUUCAUGGGUCAGUAUUUUACUUUGAAAGCUACCGUAGCCUGCCCCGAAUCGCCGAUGGAGACAAAGAACAUCAAAUUUUUCACUAAACUACCUCCGCCCACCACGAGCCCGCAGUACGACUUCAUUCAACAAUAUGGAACCUUCAAGAAAGAGGUGGCCCUUUAUACCACCCUGUUCCCGGAAGUGUUGAAUGGUUUGGAUAGUAAGUGUAUCCCGGAAUGUUUCCUGGGUUUGGAGAACGACGUGAUAGUCUUAGAGGACAUGGCUCAUAGCGGUUACGAAAUGACGGACAAACUGAAGCCGUUCGAUUAUGAACAUUGCAAAGUAUUGAUGAAAACCCUGGCAAGAUUCCAUGCAAAAUCUCUUAUUUUUGAACAAUUGUAUCAAAAGAGUUUGCACGAUGAAUUCUUCCAUUGUAUGCAAGAAACACUUUGGCCUCUGAAAGAUGGCCGAGCGAAGGCGAUGUUCGACGCAGCUGUAAAGGGCAUUGACUCCAUGAUCGAUCUGAUACCGGAACUGAACGAGGAGCAACGAAAGACUUUCAGAACGAAACUCACCGAUUUGUGCGUCAGCCACGCGGAUAAACUCUUGCCGUCUAUUAAACAUAAGAAUGUACUCUGCCAUGGCGACUUGUGGGCGAAUAAUAUUUUGUUUAAGUACGACGUCGACGAGAAGCCCGUGGAGUGCUGUCUCAUCGACUUCCAACUUGCCAGAUACAAUCCACCUGCCCACGACAUCCUCUGUUUCCUGCAAUUCACAACGACCCGUGAGCUCCGAGAGAAACACAGCGAUAAAUUAUUCAAGAUCUACCACGACUCCAUGGCGGAUGCUCUGGAAGAAGCAGGAUUAAACAUCUCUACUGUAUUCCCUUGGGACGAAUUCAUCGAAUCUAUCGAGGAUUUGAAAGUUAUGUGCAUCACUCACGGCGUAUUGAAUAUUCCUAUCAUGCUGUUAGAGCCAAGUGCAGCCAGCAAAUAUUUUUCGGAGGAGCCAGAGCUGUUGGAAAGCAUCCUUUACGUAGACAGAACACCCCUGAUUUGCGAACAGGUUAAGAGUGUGCCUCAAUACCGAGCCAGGAUGAUGGAUGCCCUAUUAGAAUUAUAUGAUUAUGUAACUGGAUAAGAAGAUGGGCUUGGCGCAACAGAUAUUAGAAGUUCUUUUCACUGUAGAUAACAGAGAUGCACCAGCAUGAGUCGCUAUCUUGGAAAGUAAGCGACGAGCAGAGCGAAAUAUUUCUCAGGGUAUUCAGAAAUUCAUGAAAUCAUUAGGCGAAUCAUUGGAAGUUAACACAGCCAUGAAUCGUAGCUUUUCAAAGCUUCAAUUUAUAAAAUUCUUUGCUUAUUACGUCACUUAUGAUUGCACGAAAGAUUGGACAAACAUUAAGCACUAAUUAAAAAUUUGAAGUAUAUUUCAUUCAUCUGUAGAUGUUCAAGUAUUAGUCGCUAAUGUUCGUCGUGAAGGAAAUUAUGCAAUGGUGAUGUAAUUAUUAAGGAUAAAGAAGGUAAUAAUUAUUUUUCAGGAUAGAUAUUAGUGUAACUGGUAGAAUACACUAUUGACUGAGAGAUAAUUGUGUUAAGUAAUGAAAGACGCCUGUAUUAAGUGAAUAAUUAUAAUACAAUUAUUUUAUUGUUAUUAUUGCAAGCACUUUUGUUAAUAUUUAAAUAAAAUAUGUUGAUGCAAGAUAAUGAAUUUUAUUACCUAUCGAACAACGGUAAUAAGUUAAGGCGUAAUAAAAAGACUGUCAACAUUUA